CACCAGGUUCACCUCCUCCACCUGUGUGAGAAGCCAUGGCCUGGGUUGCAGGCAUCCUGCGAGCCAGCAAAAGAGUAGGUGCAGCCGGAGUGGAUAUCGGGGUCCUGAGCGUAGCUCCGCGGCUCAGUCCGGCGCUGCGUGUCUCCCUCAACCGGACCUGGUGGAGCGUUACUCCCGCGUCCACCAUGGCGACCGUGAAGGGUGAACUUAUCGAGCACAUCAGCUCCGAACAGCCCGUUUUCCACAACAAGGUCUCCAUCAUAGGAACUGGGUCAGUCGGCAUGGCCUGUGCCAUCAGCAUCAUAGCUAAAGGCUUGACUGAUCAGCUGGCCCUUGUUGACAGUAAUGAAGAAAAAAUGAAGGGUGAGACGAUGGAUCUCCAGCACGGCAGUGUCUUCAUGAAAAUGCCAAACAUUGUUUGCAGCAAAGAUUUCCACGUCACCGCCAACUCAGAGGUAGUGGUUAUCACAGCAGGUGCACGCCAGGCAAAAGACGAAACACGCCUGAAUUUAAUCCAGAGAAAUGUAGCCAUCUUUAAGGUGAUGAUUGCCGAUAUUAUCAAGCACAGCCCCCGUUGCAAAAUGAUUAUUGUCUCCAAUCCAGUGGAUAUCUUAACUUAUAUCACCUGGAAAUUGAGCGGGUUUCCCAAAAACCGUAUUAUUGGGAGUGGCUGUAACCUAGACACUGCUCGUUUCCGUUACAUGCUUGGGGAGAGGCUUGGGAUCCACUCGGAAAGCUGCCACGGGUGGGUCCUCGGAGAGCACGGAGACUCAAGUGUGCCAGUGUGGAGUGGGGUCAACAUCGCCGGGGUGCCUCUGAAAGACCUGAACUCCGCUAUAGGAACCAGCAAAGACCCCGAGCACUGGGGAAAUAUCCACAAGGACGUGAUCGCCAGCGCCUAUAACAUCAUCAAGAUGAAGGGCUACACGUCCUGGGCCAUCGGCCUGUCUGUGGCUGACAUUGCCGAGAGCAUCCUGAAGAACCUCAGGAAGACGCAUCCCGUUUCCACCAAAAUCAAAGGUCUCUACGGAAUAAAAGAGGAGGUGUUCCUCAGCGUGCCCUGUAUCCUGGGAGAGAACGGCAUCUCUGAUAUCAUAAAGGUAAAGCUGAGCCCUGCAGAGGAAGCCCAGAUGAUAAAGAGUGCAGAAACGCUUUGGAAAAUUCAGAAAGACAUCAAGUUUUAAGCCUUUCUUCUAAAGAUACUGAAGACAACAGACAAAGUCCAUGCCGAUGUGGGGGGAGAAUGGGAGUCCUGAAGG